CGAGGCUUCUCUUUGCCAGGUAAGACUUGAAUAUGGUCUGUUUGACGCGUAUUGGGUUUUCAUCCCUUCUUUGUGUCUCCUGGACUUUCUCUUGCUACCACUCAGGAUCGUGAGCUCAUGGGAUCAUCUUUCGAUACCGUUCAUAUCAGCCUACCUCGCUCCCUCGGAUCAACUCGGGGAGUAGAUGUGUCGUCUUUCCACGAGCCAUGAAAAGGAAUUCCUCGUGCUUUCGUCAUGGAUGUGUCUCAGGCGUCUGCGGGGCUUGACCAAGUUAAUAGCCAGCGGCCGCGUAUUGCGGACGAAACCCCGCGAGGCUCCUCGCCAGCAAUCCGCGGAAAGCCGGUAACAAAUGCCUGCGAAAGGUGUAGACGAAGAAAAAUUCGUUGCGAUGGAGAGACACCGUGUGCGACGUGUCGACGCUUCCGUAUGAAUUGCGUGCGAGUCCAGAAAAACGACACCCAAGCUCUGCAGCAGCGUGUCCGCCAGCUGGAGGCCCAAAUAGCCAAUAUGACCGCCGGGUUGCCUAACACUCAAACUCAGAAGCAAUGGGCAGCGGUAUCUUCACCGGGACUGUGGACACCAGAUCUUCGAUUGAUCACGGAUUUUGGAUCUCCUGACCCGAGUUUCCCGACAGACGAGACAUCUGGCCAAUUUGCAUCGGAUACCGGCUUAUCGCCGAUAGGGAUUCCUCGCAUUCAGGUGGUUGAUUAUGCUGAAUCCUCACCAACGUCGCUUUCACCCUCAGCAUUACUUCAUCCAAUUAUGGCAACACCGCCCAGUAUAGCACCGAAUAGUUUUGAUAGUGGGCUAAGGCCCCGAAGUGCAGGAGCUGGUAUAUCGCCGCCAACCACUGUUUGCUCGUCACCAAAUCACGAGUUUAUCCCAUAUCUUUCCCCACCAAGUGUGCCGGAAACUUUUCGGUCGCGCAGUUCCUCAGUCUCAUCAUUGAGUCUUGAUUGGGUGCCAGCCUCGCAAAACAUCUCGUUACCUGGUCUCACUGACCCAGAACUCGGAAUGACCAUGACGGGGCCGGCCACGGACCCUGAGUUUGAAGUUCUAUCUCCACCGACUAGGUUUGAGGCCGAGAUGCUAUUAGAUAGGUUCUUCGCGAAAACGGGCGGAUCUGGAUAUCCUGUUGAGCGAGACAAACUUUUCGGCUUUCUAGACAUCAUUUAUAAUCAGUGGGAGUAUGUUGGUGGGCAUGAGCCACUAUAUCCGCCAUCCAUUGCGCGAUAUCAUGUGUACAUGGCAAUGGCGAUUGCCCUACGGAUGGAAAAAGACGGUCGAAAGACGACAACCCAAUUACUAAGGAAUUGCUAUAGAUUAGCAAUAAAGGAAGUACGGUCGCCCUCGUUCUGGGAGCAGCCGUUGGCUAUUGAGGGUGCGAUGCUUCUUGUAUGGUUUGCUCAGUCAUGUAAAGACGAGCAGGGCUCUCACACAAGGACAUAGAUCUUCUUGCUUUUGUUUGUCCCAACUUCUAAUAUGGUUUAUGGUAAUAAAACUUGUUGUGCUGGUUAUCAAC